UUGCGUACGCUCUUGGAAGUUCUGCCAACGGAAUUUCUCGGUGAUACGUGGGCCGGUGUCCUCCGUCUUCUCCAGCAUCCGCGCCAGGACCCGACGACGCUCUGGCCGGUGGCACAAUACAAUGCGAUCCAGGCCGCCUUUGGUCCUAACAGCAAGCGCAACGUGUGGAUGCGCCCAGAGUUGCAGCCUCUCUGGGAUGUUGGCGUCGACGUGGAUUUUCACUGCUACAUGAUCGACCAAAUACUCGAGCCCCUCCGCCAAGCGUUCCCACAAGUGGCCGACAUUCGCAGCAUCUUGGGUUUGCAGCGGCUUGCGACGGUCAACCUUGGAAGAGGCGUCUGGACCAGCUGCGUGCUUAGUCUCUUGCCGACGGCCUCCCACGACGACGUCGCGCGCAGGGCGUCUGCAUUGGUGGCCAUGCCGUCGUUGCGCCGCAUCACGAUCGACCUCGCCCAGCUCACGGAAUACGAAUGGUUCGAUGACGCGCCCUCAUUCGAGUACGAUGACGCACCCUUCCCGGCUGCGGUCGGGCGUCAACUCUGGUCAGCGCUCGCUGCGUCGCACGUUCUCGACGUCACUCUCCUCGGUGGCAACCUCUUGGCGACACCCGACGGCGUUCGUUCGGCCAUCCAAUUCCUCGCGCAUCGGCCUCUGCGGCGCCUUUGCCUCGACGACGUCCAGCACAAGGCAGACCACGUCGCUGCUCUGGUCACCGCGGUGCGCGACUGCACCACGCUCUCGGCCAUUGAGCUCAGCUACGACCUUAUGUUUCUACCCGCGUUCUUGUCUGCGCCACUGCCACGGCACUUGCGACGCUUGCGCUUGUUUGUGAGCAGCAUGCCGGUUCGUUCCGAGUCGGAUUGGUGCGACAUCUCGGCGAUCUCUAUCGAGCUCGUAGCUUCGGGUAUUGCGGACUCUGCUUUGACGCAUUUGUCGCUGGCUGUCGACCGUCUCGACGACCGAGGCGUUGCGACGCUUCUGUUGACCGCGCUCGAGAAAAUGCCGUGCCUCACACACCUGGAGCUGUUCCACGUUCGACACGGUCCACUGCUGAAUGCAGUGCUCGCCACGCAUGCGACUCGGAUUGCAGCGCUCGCGUCCAUGCAAUUGCACGGGCUCGAAGCGUUGGAGAGUCAGGAGUCCGACGUCGAGCCGAUGGAUAUGUUUGGUGCGGCCGAUUACUAG